CAGGAAGUGGCUAAAUGGCUCGUACGCAUGAGUACCGGAAGCUAAACAAGCAUGGCUACCAGCGCGGGAGACUGGUGUCUUAUUGAAAGUGAUCCAGGGGUUUUCACAGAAUUAAUACGAGGAUUUGGUUGUAAGGGAGUGCAGGUGGAGGAGAUAUGGAGUCUGGACAGUGACAGCUUCAAGAACCUAAAACCGGUGCAUGGCCUCAUCUUCCUGUUCAAGUGGGGGCCAGACAAGGACCCUGAGGGCAGUGUUGUGCAGGACAGCAGGCUGGACAAGAUCUUCUUUGCCAAACAGGUUAUCAACAAUGCAUGUGCUACCCAAGCUAUUCUGAGCAUCCUACUCAACACCCAUCACGCAGAUGUCGAACUCGGGGACACCUUGGGAUCAUUUAAGGAAUUUGCCCAGUCAUUUGAUCCUGCACUACGAGGUUUAAGUCUCAGUAACUCCGAUGUUAUACGAGCUGUACACAAUAGUUUUGCAAGACAACAGAUGUUUGAAUUUGACGAGAAGCAAUCAAAGCACGACGAUGAUGUUUACCAUUUUGUAGGUUAUAUGCCUGUUGAUGGGCGUCUGUAUGAACUGGAUGGUUUGCGAGAGGGACCAGUAGACCUAGGUGCUGUACCAGCUGACUCCGACUGGCUGGACCUUGUGAGACCAGUCAUAGAGAAGCGGAUGCAGAAAUACAGCACAGAUGAAAUCCACUUCAACCUGAUGGCAGUUGUGUCCGACAAGAAGAUGAUGUAUGAGAAGAAGCUGAAGGAACUCUCAAAUAAGAUGGAGAGUGGUGGCAUGGUCACUGAUGAUAUUCAGUCGGAGCUGACCAAGCUCACGGUCCUCAUCCAGGAGGAAGAGAUGAAGAUGAAGAGAUACAAGGUUGAAAACAUUCGAAGAAGGCAUAACUACCUACCAUUCAUCAUGGAAUUGUUGAAAAUUCUGGCAAAAGAAGAAAAACUUCUUCCUCUAGUAGAACAGGCGAAGGCAACUGCCGCCAAGAAACGUGAGGAGAAAGAGAAGAAAUAAUGUGGUACCGUCGCCCUGGCCUACUAGUGAUGUACUGUUAUCGUCAUGUCUGGUCAUUAUUGUUAUUUAUUGUACAGUCAUUAAACUGCUUACAUGUA